AGCUAUUUUGCAGCAAUAGAAGCUCAUUCAGGCUUUUGCAGCGGACUCAAAACUACAGACCUCUACUGAUUUGAGAGGAAGGGGGAAAAGAUUAAACUUCAGAAAGAAAAAAGCAUAAAUCCCAGAAAAGAUGAAGUUAAUCUCUGUGGGCAUAGCUUGCGUCUGUAUGUUGGUGAAUGCACUGACAGAUGCCAGGCCUAUUGAGGAUGAAGACGAUCCUUUUAGAGAACCUGCAGGUAUGCCUUACUGGCCUUUCUCGACCAAUGAUUUCUGGUCAUAUGUGGAGUUCUUCCGGACCUUGGGAGCAUACCACAGAAUCAAUGAGAUGGCCAGAACCUUCUUUGCUCACCAGCCACUUGGAAAUACUCUUGGAUAUGCUGUCCCAUAUCAUGAGCACUAACUUGCUUGGCUAAUCCCAGGGUUUAGAGAUUGAACAAGUGUUAUGAUUGCCAAGAAAUGCCAAAAUUACUUGCUCAGCAACUGUGUUAUUACAAUGCUUCCUCUGAAUAAAGCAUGCAGUUUCUCAUGUAUGUAUGUUUUUUAAACACUAAUGAUGCUAGCAUGACUUCUUUUUUAGCAGAUUACCUAUACUUUAUAUAUAUAUAUAUUUCU